AUGGACGAGAGAGAGGUGAAGAAGGUGGACAGCGGAUAUUUGGGAAAGGACGAGGACAAGUCCCCAGCGGGUGAUGAGUCUAAGAAGAGCACGACGCCAAAAGGAAUCAUCAAAGCGAUCAAACUCGAGACAUUGCCAAACCAACAUCAAAAAGCAACUCCGGAACAAAUUCUCGAAUACCUCCUGUCGGAUGCCGCGCUACAAUAUUGCCGCCCGGAUGACGAAGCUAGAGACAUCGAAUCCCAUCGCGCAGACAUGAUCACCUACUCCUCUCAACUUCUGAGUCCAUUCGAAGAGCUCCUAUGCGCUGUCGUUCUUUCCCGGCCAAUCUCCCACCGCCUUGGACUCCGCACAAUCCGCACGAUUCUCAACAAGCCCUACUCGUUGCGAGAUCCCCUCGCCAUCAAGACCGCGGGCCCCAAGAAAGUCCUCAAAGCUCUUGAAGCUGCGUGCACGCAGCACAAAGACAAGACAGCAGACGAGAUUUCAUUGCUUGCCGAAGCAGUCUCAAACAACGACUGGCACAACGAUUUGUCGAAGCUGCGAGCGCAGAGCAAGAAUGGUGUAGAAUCAGAGCGCGAGGUGCUGAGGCGGAGUGUCAAAGGCUUGGGCAAGACAGGAUUGGACAUAUUUUACCGACGAGUGCAGUGGCAAUGGGACGAAGCAUUUCCAUUCGUUGAUGCGAGAACACAAGCGGCGUUGGGGAGAAUGGGGUUGCCUAAACGAGCAGAGGAGAUUGAGAAGUUGAUCGAAUCGAGGUGGACUGAUCUGAACUCUGGAGAAGGCGAUGGUCAUGACCUAGAGACUAGGAAGCGGCGGGUGUUUGUAGUGCUGCUCGAGAGGGCAAUUGGUGCAGAUUUAGAGAAGAAGAUUGAUCAAGUGUUGAACGAGGCGUCGAAACUAUAA